GUAUCCUUAAAAUUCGUGCUUACGUCAAACACAAAACUAGGUAUCUCUCAUUCUCGGCCUUCCCCGAAUCCAAUAACACAUUCAUUCCACAUAACAUUGCAUGGCUGAAAUUUCCCAAAACGUUUUUUUCCUGAAAAACAAACACGUUAAAGUCCACACUACGCUAUUGGAGAUCGCGGAGCGUUCUGAUUGGCCAGUAGGCGGCGUUAAAUUAAUGGGGCUUCGGGAUUGGUCGGUUGGUUUGCCACUCGUCGAUGGGUGGUGGGGGAAAGCAACCCUCUGUUUAUUUUUCUGAGUCGUGUUUAGUGAGCUGCAAGCUUUCAAGGUGUGCGUAGGUUGACAAACAAAUGCGUUCAAAAUAUUGAUAAGCUAUACAAACUUCAGUGUUGUGAGUGGACGUGUCAAGAUAACGGUUGGAAAAGGACAAUUGUGAAUAGUGGUUUUGAUUGCCCUACGGAGAUGGUGAUUCUCGGCCGAUCGGAGAUGUCAGACGGAGCAACCACCGAGUGGGACAUCAACGACGCCGUCGUGCCCCGCGUGUCCUCGUUCGACGGCUUCAGCGAGUGGUGCGACGGGCACGUGCGCCGCGUCUACCCGCCCGGCUGCGAGGAGGCCCGUCGCCACGCGAGCGGCUGGGCUAUGAGGAACACGAAUAACCACAACGUGCACAUACUCAAGAAGAGUUGUCUGGGAGUUUUGGUGUGCUCCGCGAGGUGUCGACUGCCUGAUGGAUCGAGGGUGCAUCUCAGGCCUGCGAUAUGUGACAAGGCGCGGAAAAAACAACAAGGAAAACCAUGCCCAAACAGACUAUGCAACGGCGGCCGACUAGAAGUGCAACCCUGUCGCGGUCACUGCGGCUACCCCGUCACCCACUUCUGGAGGCACACAGAGCACGCCAUCUUCUUCCAAGCGAAGGGAGCGCACGACCAUCCACGACCCGAGGCCAAGGGGGCCAGCGAAGUCAGGAGGUCACUAGGAGCUGGCAGGAGAGUGAGAGGGCUAGCGUUACUGCUGGCGAGAGAGACGGCGAUCACUGAUAAAAUACUGACGAUGAAGCCUGAUAAACAAAUGAUACAGAAAGUUAGCAAUCCUCCUCCGCAACCACCGCCGCUUAUUCCUGACAACCAAAGAACACUAACAUGCACUUGCGGCCCAUUUGAGUGUUCAUGCCGGUGGCGGGCAGAACCGACCCCAGAGAUGUACGCCCCCAACGCCUGGUCACCAGCGGAGCCCCACUACACCAACUACGUGCCUCCCGCGCCGCCCGCGCCCGUCCCGCAGCCCUACGACCCGACUGCCCUACCGGCUGACGACAUCUUCCACCCCGAAGAAAUCUUCCAGCUAGACCACCCCAUCCGAAUGGACUUCCCCAUGGAAGAAAACACACUAGGCUCCCCACCCACGUUUGCGGAACUACACAAUGACAACUCCAGGCCCGAAGACGCCUACUGGCUCGAAUGGCAACGAGCGGCCGGCGGUUCAGAGUCCAGCGAAACGCCCUCGCCGGAACUAUUCGGUUACCAACAGACUGAUUAUUGCGAACAAACAUAUGCUCCCCAAGUCUACUACCCUGAAGACGCUCAAUAUUACCCCACAGAAAGCACGAGAACCUCCCCUGUCAUGGACAUGCAAGACCAGCGGUACUACAGGUAUGGGGAGGACUGCACUCCGAACAGCACGGAGGUACAGACGUGGAAUUACACAGACUGUGCGUUCGCGUCCAACGAUCUCUCAGAAUGCAAACAAUACUUCGACGCACAACAUCAGCAAGCUGUCAAUGCGUUUAGUGCCCUCUCGUACAAUUAAUGGUUAUGUUUAGGUUUAGGUUGUAAAUAUAGUGUACAAAUGUAAAUAAAGUUAUAGUGUAUGAUUGAUUUCCUGUUUGAAUACUUUUAAUGAAUUUGAGAUACUGAAUCAGUACAAAUUAUUUUUUAAAAGCACUUGAUGGCUGUAACAGUUUGUUUUGUUUAUGAUCUAUUGAAGUAAAUAAAACUCAAUUUGUACAAAAACUUCUAUUUAUUGUAUAUAAAAAUUACAUUUAAAAUUGUCAAUUUUACAUUUGUAUUAUUCUCUAAAGAUAAAAUUGGUCACUACAAAAUAGUCCAUAAAGCGAUCACACGAUAAGAUUUAU